AAAGACCGACAAAGAGGAUUAACUCCGAAGUGACCCUCGCCUCUCAUCGCAGCUCGCGCUGGCGGAGCCCCACCCCCGGAGUGGCCCGAACUCCGGGCUGGUGGUCACAUGGCUCUCUCAGCAUGGUGGGAAGAAGGAGAAAGUUAUUCGAAUUGCAAGCCCUGCUUGCCCUGGGACGGUGCGAGUCGCCGAGCCACUUCCCAGCCAGUUUGCUGAAUUUCGCAGCUUUGCUCCAGCUCACCUCAAAUGCCUGGAUUUCCAAGAGAGAAGCUGGGCUGUCUCUCCUUCCUUCUCCCCCCACUCCCAGUGUUUGAGAGAAAAGCUGGCAUCCACUGGCACUUUAGACCCAUGAAGUGUUCUUCAAGCAAAGGCAGAAAUAAAAUAAUGGCUGGUAAUGAUGAGCUCUUAAAGAAUCUACAGAGUAACUUGCAAGAACUAGACAAUCUCCGGUCUGCAUAUUUUGCAUCCACGAAAAGUCCCCUGGCAUCCAUAGGAACAAGUACCAAAACUCUACUUCGUGACCAACACCAACUGUCAAGAGAGAAUAUGAACAUGCAAGCAUUUGCUCCUCGAAAGAGCAUCCGCCACCGUAACCCCUACUGGCCUGAUGAAGAAAUACGAACUUUUAUUGAGAUCUGGGGCGAUGACCAAGUCCAAGCCUCAUUGGCCACCAACUUCCGCAACGAGGCCCAGUACGAGUGGAUCUCUGAUCGCAUGCGAGAAUAUGGCUAUGAUCGAGAUAUGAAGCAAUGCCGCCUACGUGCCAAGGAACUACGGCGAGGAUACAAGGCCAUCGUCUGUGGCAAUAAUUCCUCUGUGAGUGGGCAACGUGCCCUGCCAUUCUUCGAUUCCUUGAAUAGUUUUCUGUGCAUGCACAAGGGCCUUGUGGUUUCCAAGGUUUCCCUCUCAAUAGAUCGGAGAAAUCGAGAGGCACAAAAGCUGGGGCUGGAGCAGGAGAAGAAUGAAAAACUCAGUGUAGUUCUUGUUUCUGAUGAUGAUGAGGCAUCCAUCCCAGAGCCUACGGAUGACUCUAAUGGCUACUUUCAGGACACUCGGAUGGAUUCUGAUCCUGUGAAUGCACAGUCUCCAGGUGAUGAAUGGGAACAGCAUGUAGAAGAUGGUAUUCUGGCAGGUGAUGAUGUUUCACCCACCUUUUCCAAUGCUAGAGGAGAGGGCCAUUCUGCAAAUUCAGGCCCAUCAAGCUCCUUCCCUAGGGCAUCCCAGGUCGAUGCUGAUAGAGCAAGCAACCACUGGAAUCGGAAGCAGAGGAAACAAACGGAUGCUACCUUGGACCUUGUGGAUGCCAUUUCACAAGUGGGUGACAGGCUAGUGAGUGCUCUGUCGGAUUUGCAAUCAAAACACAGGGAAGCCUCUGAACUUGCCCAGAGCAGGGAGAACAGUGUGCGCAAGGAGGAAUUUGCCAUUCUUGCAAGCCACGUGGACCAAGCCACAAAGAACAUGGACAAACUCAUCACGCUUAUGGAGACCUCCACCAGACGGAUUGCAGAUGCCAUGGACAGACAGACUGCUGCAUUGGAGAACAUGGCCCGCUUGUUUGCUACAAGGGUUCCAGCUCCUUCAGUGCUCCCAGGGUCUCAAGGGCAACCUGUGCUUUCCUCCUCAAACCAUUCCGUACCAGUCCCAUCGCCAGGAAUGGGGUUGCCCAAUGCCGUGAACACUUUGAGGGCACGCCAUACUGGUGAUCAGGGAGCACCAAAACCACCAGUGCCCUCUGAGGCUGAGGAAUGUCAGCCAGAGACAAAGAAAAUAAAAAUAGAAGACGACUAGAUUUUUGCGAUCGUAUUGCAGUCCUUCAGAUCUGCUUGUUUGCUCUCACUGGAUGAAUGUUUAUCCUUUUAUUAUUUUUUUCUUUCAUUGGGAAAGUCAUGAAGGUGGAGCGUGGAGUAAAGGUCUAUUUUUUUUUGUCUUUUUAGAUUUGUAGUUACGGUUUUUUUAAAAGUUUGUGCAUAGAUUUGUAUCAGGGAGGGAAGGGUGAGGUCCCCCAAUCCAGGACAAUACAAGCGCACAGUUCACUGUCAUUCCACUAUUUUCUUGUUUCAUAUUUCACUGCUCAGCUAUGAGAUUUGAUAGUGAUCUGGAUGUUGGCUUGAGACAUGGAGAUCAUGGAUUCAGAUCUCUUGUUGGUCAUGAAUUCUCUGGGUGGCUUUAUGAAGUCACUCUGAGCCAAGUUUAUCUCCAAAACAGUAAUACUAAGGAUAUGUAUCACUAGCUGAUUUUGAAGUUGAACAGUUUCAGGAUUGCAAAUCACUGUGCACACUAAAAAAAAAAAAAAAUGGUAUAGGAGAUAAGGGUAGAGAAUUGCUUUCUCUGUCGCAAUAUAAAAUCCUGUUAUUAAAUCAAUGAAAUGCA